AUGGAUGAGGUCUCCGCCGUUAACCAAACCCUCCCAAUCUCCGACGAUGAAGCGGACUACUCCCAACUAAUAAACCAACAGUCCUCUGUUUUGGAAACACAUAAAGCAGCAUUCUUGAGUUUUUGUGUAUUCGCUUUGUUCUACGCGGUUCUUCGCGUCCGUGAAGCCAUAGACGUGGGGCUACGGCCCGGGAUAGUCCCCAGACUCUCCGGACACACGAGUCAUCUCUUCGGCGGUCUAGCCGCUCUCAUGCUGAUCUCUGUGGUUUGCGCGACGUUUGCUCUUGUCCUUCUUCUCAUGUGGUUUCUCUGGCUCUCAGCCAGAGUUUACAGCAUUUUAGAUGAAUUCAUUGUCUACUCCAAGGCAAAAAAAUCUGGCGCCGGUUCACGUCCGUCGUUGCCAGUUUAA